AUGACCAAGUUAUUGUCAUUCACAAAGUUGAGUCAUUUAUCCUAUACUUCAGUGAAUGGAUAUCAAAAAAACAAAAUAGUUGACGGCCAAAAUAAUGGUAGUGAUAAAGAUCAUGAUGAUGAUGAUGAUGAUGAUGAUGAUGAUGAUGAUGAUGAUGAUGAUGAUGAUGAUGAUGAUGAUGAUGAUGAUGAUGAUGAUGAUGAUGAUGAUGAUGAUGAUAUGAUGAUGAUGAUGAUGAUGAUGAUGAUGAUGAUGAUGAUGAUGAUGAUGAUGAUGAUGAUGAUGAUGAUGAUGAUGAUGAUGAUGAUGAUGAUGAUGAUGAUGAUGAUGAUGAUGAUGAUGAUGAUGAUGAUGAUGAUGAUGAUGAUGAUGAUGAUGAUGAUGAUGAUGAUGAUGAUGAUGAUGAUGAUGAUGAUGAUGAUGAUGAUGAUGAUGAUGAUGAUGAUGAUGAUGAUGAUGAUGAUGAUGAUGAUGAUGAUGAUGAUGAUGAUGAUGAUGAUGAUGAUGAUGAUGAUGAUGAUGAUGAUGAUGAUGAUGAUGAUGAUGAUGAUGAUGAUGAUGAUGAUGAUGAUGAUGAUGAUGAUGAUGAUGAUGAUGAUGAUGAUGAUGAUGAUGAUGAUGAUGAUGAUGAUGAUGAUGAUGAUGAUGAUGAUGAUGAUGAUGAUGAUGAUGAUGAUGAUGAUGAUGAUGAUGAUGAUGAUGAUGAUGAUGAUGAUGAUGAUGAUGAUGAUGAUGAUGAUGAUGAUGAUGAUGAUGAUGAUGAUGAUGAUGAUGAUGAUGAUGAUGAUGAUGAUGAUGAUGAUGAUGAUGAUGAUGAUGAUGAUGAUGAUGAUGAUGAUGAUGAUGAUGAUGAUGAUGAUGAUGAUGAUGAUGAUGAUGAUGAUGAUGAUGAUGAUGAUGAUGAUGAUGAUGAUGAUGAUGAUGAUGAUGAUGAUGAUGAUGAUGAUGAUGAUGAUGAUGAUGAUGAUGAUGAUGAUGAUGAUGAUGAUGAUGAUGAUGAUGAUGAUGAUGAUGAUGAUGAUGAUGAUGAUGAUGAUGAUGAUGAUGAUGAUGAUGAUGAUGAUGAUGAUGAUGAUGAUGAUGAUGAUGAUGAUGAUGAUGAUGAUGAUGAUGAUGAUGAUGAUGAUGAUGAUGAUGAUGAAAAUGCAGUGA